UGCGGGUCGGCACCAACUCGCCCUCCUCGUUCCCCGCUCUCGGUUUCCUUUUCUUCUGUCUUUACUUUCGAUGUCGUCGGUUUUGGCUCAAUAUGAAUCCUUUCUUGUCGCCCAUGUCUCGACUAUCUCCAGCCUCGAGUCCACACUGAGGUCCAUUACGUGGAUUUUGCCCGGCAGGUUCAAGGAUGCGGAACUCGCUUCCGAAGCUCUCUCGGCUAUCCUGAAUAUCAUGAGCAUGUACCAUGACACCCUUCUCGCAAAGGUCGCGCACUCGGAUCCGAAGUACAAACCACUUCUACCGUCUUCACCCCACAUGCGCUACACAAGAGCAUGGUGCGAGAAGGACGCGCGGUACAAGUGGGCCGGACGUGCCUUGGAGCUGAUCAAAUUCACCGAAUUGCUUCUCGAGAUGGGGCUGCGUAGGAAGGUGUCGCAUAAGACGCGCUGGAGGAGCAUCGUUGUGCUUGAGGCCCUGAAAGCUGUCCUCCGACUCGCCCUGUUGCGCAUCACACGACGGCCCUUGAUUACUCCUCCUAUCCCGGAGAGAGAAUUUGACCCCGAACACAUUCCUGCGGGCUCGGACACGUCCUCUCCGACUCUCGCUGCCUCUUCGCCACCGUCCUCCGUCCCAUCUACUCCCGACCACCUCAAGAACAACCACGUCGCUCUCCCACCGCAUCCCCUCUUGACACUUCCUCCGCCCACGCACUCGCCCACUCCGGUGGAAGACUUCCUCCUUCCCAAGGCCUUGACUACCGCUUCGGUCAAGGCGCCGACUUCCCUCGUCAGACCACUUUCGAGUCCGAAAGACUGGCUGUCAGAGAUCACCUACAUACUGCGCCCGCUCGUGUACGCUGCGAUGCUGUCUUCCGGAAGGAAGGACAACAGGCCCCUCAUGACCGCGCUCGCCCUCGAGCUUCUAGCGCUCAAUCUCCGUCGGGUCCCCUCCCCGUCCUCGGCUCUGGAGCGCUCCGAAUAUGCGCGGAGGGACCGCGAUGUCGUCUGGUACUUGUUGAGAGGCUCCAUCUGGGAGACCUGGACUCGGCCCAAGCUGGAGGGUAUUGCAGACAAAACCGCCCACACGCCGUUCAUAGGCAUAUUCAGUGCUUUCGUGAAGGAUUGGAUUCCGCUUAUCGACGAGUAUUAUUAUUACACUGCUCCGUAAUGCUAGGGUAUCGUGGACUGGAUAUCAUCCCUGUUUGCUGUGCAUAUAUACAUGUAUUAUGCUACCACUGGAAGAAGCUGAACGUGUUUGCCG